AUGGGACAGUCAGGGCUGGUUUAUGCCUUGGGAUUUUGUCUCUUAAUUUCGACUGUGGUAGCCACCUCUACUCCUUACAAGUAUGCAUCUCCUCCACCACCACCUUAUCAUUAUAAGUCUCCCCCUCCUCCUUUGAAAACUCCAACUCCACACUACCAUUAUAAAUCUCCACCUCCUCCUUAUGUCUAUAACUCUCAACCACCUCCAGUUCACUCUCCACCUCCUCCAUACGUCUAUAAAUCACCACCACCACCAGUCCACUCACCUCCUCCUCCCUACAUUUACAAGUCUCCACCACCUCCAGUCCACUCCCCACCUCCUCCCUACAUCUACAAGUCUCCUCCUCCACCAGUCCACUCCCCACCUCCUCCCUACAUCUACAAGUCACCACCACCACCAGUCCAUUCUCCUCCUCCUCCAUACAUUUACAAGUCUCCACCACCUCCAGUUCACUCUCCACCUCCUCCUUACAUUUACAAGUCUCCUCCACCACCAGUCCACUCUCCACCUCCCCCCUAUAUUUACAACUCUCCUCCACCUCCUCCCUACAUUUACAAGUCUCCACCACCUCCAGUCCACUCUCCACCUCCUCCUUACAUUUACAAGUCUCCUCCGCCACCAGUACACUCACCUCCUCCUCCCUAUAUUUACAAGUCUCCACCGCCACCAGUCCACUCCCCGCCUCCUUAUGCCUAUAAGUCUCCUCCACCCCCUUCCCAUCCCAAGCCCCACCCCGACCCUCACCCCUCUUAUCCCAAUACUCCUUCAUCCCCAUUCCCUAAGUAUCUUUACAAGUCUCCACCUCCUCCAAAGAUUUACUAAGUUGAUGUUUUCUCUCUUUGAUCAUUUUACAAUGUUUUUUCAUGAAUUUUUAAAUUUCAAUUUAUCAUUAAAAA